AUGUUCGCAGGCGUUCCGACUCUGAUGGGCAUGUCUGCUAUGGGCUAUAACUCCCCUAAUAACAGCGCUGCUGGUGCGCAUGGAGCAUGUACUGCAACCGCGCCCUUGGAUGGCAAGGUGAUCGAAGAAUGGAGCGUGACGUCCAAGGCCAUAUGUGAAGCAGAGGGUUUCGAUGGCAUGCGCCAGGUCUUCGUACACGACAAGAUUGCCAAGUUGAUAUGCAUGCUGGUCUUUGACAAGAUGGACCAGCAGCACUGUGCCGCUGUGGAUCGUAUAUUUGACAAACUAUUCUGUGCCGGCAAAGAACGAGGAUUCUCAAUAUACCGCGCUCAUGUGAGCCACAUGGGCGAGCCAGAAAAUGUUGACAAGAAUGAUUUCAAUGGGCACGCGUAUCGGCACUUCAUCGAGAGUUUGAAGGUAGUGUACUUCGUAUCCACCCCCAACCCAGCAGCUGAUGAUGUUCAGGAUACGGUCGAGCCCACAGGCAUCUUAUCGCCUGGUAAACAGGGCAUAUGGCCAAAGAAAUAUCGCCAUCUGCGACGAUCGCCAGAGGAUCCCAAGACCGGUACUGGAUCCAACAUGGAGCAUUCUGGUCCCUCCAAGACGACGAGAAGCGUGCUGUGA